AUGUCAUAUACAUUUUGUAGCGCCGCGUUGUUGCGGUUUCUCUUCUUUCAAUCAUAUUCACAUUAUAACCUCUUCUCUUCUCUUUAUCUUUUAUCAUCAUCAAAUCGAUUCAGAGAUGGAUACCAGCUAGCGUCAAUAAUGUCGAAUAAUAAUGCCGGAGUAAACGAUCAUACAUUCCAAGGGAGGAAGAAGAAGUUAUCAGUUUGGGUUAAAAAGAUAAUUCAGCCCGCUAAAGAAAGUGGCCCCGCAGCUACAACAGUGACGCAUGCGAAUAACAGUACGAAUCAUGGACAAGGAUCUUCGACCAUUAAACGGGCUUCUCCAUCUUCCAUUUCUUCACGCCCUGCUGAAACCAUAGGUUCGCCAUUCCAAUAUGGCGGAGCUGGUUACUGUGCUGAAGGGGAUGAUGAAGCUGCUCGGGUUCACAUUCAGGUGCAGGAUCAGGAUCAGGAUGAAAAUCAAGAUGAGGAUUAUUAUGAUAACAAUGGAGAGAUUGAAUCAAAUUCACAAAUUUCAACACGAGCCAUAAGAGAGCUUUCACCGGCGAGAACGGAUUCCAUGAAGGUAUUUUGGGGUGAUGACCCAAAGAGAUUACGUUCCGAGGCAGAUUCAGAUUUAAUGGUGCCGUCUAGAGACGACGAUUCAGAUAGUACUGACAACGUCAGCAUUCAAGCUCUUUUCUCUAUGGGUUCAUCGUCUUUCAAAUCUUCUACUUUUUCAGAUGUACACUCUUUACAAUCUACAAGAGCUACAGUUGUAUCAGGCAGAACAACGGAGACAAAUUCGUCCACAGUUGCUAUACCACCGGCAAGCAUUUUAGAUAGGACAAGACAUGGUGGUUCUGCUGCCAAUUCUACUACGACUACGAAUUUGGGUUCACCGACUCCAUCACUCCAUCACCACGGCCAUCAUCACCAUCACCACCACCACCAUCCUCCACACUCAAGACACAUAUCAAGGCCAAACAGCAUUAGACAGAUGCCAUUACAAAGGGAAAGGGAGAACAAUGCGGCCACGGCUACUAUAAAGUAA